UGUGUUGGGCGCGGGCAACACGACUUGCGCGGGAAGCGCGCUCGACUGGUACACCAACACCGUGGGGGAGACACCAUGUAUGACCUACCAGCGAUUGCGGCAGAUCUGCAAUAGUGAUUAUGAAGUUCCCUCAUUUCGUCCCAAUACACCUGGUGACAACUGCGACGAUCAGCUGUCUACGUGCUGCUGUAACUCUGUUGCAUGGGCACUGAGUAUGCUUUGCAUGAACUGUCAGUGGGAUACGGACAGCAGUAGCGUGAAUGGUAUCGACGCUGGCGUACCAGCAUACUACUGGUACCGUUUCGGUGGCACCAAGUACUGUGGUGACGGGACAAAUCAAACCCUUCCUUCCAACAUCGAAACAGCUGUAUGCAAUGAGGGUAUCAAGCUUCAGGAUUUCUUGUACGGACUGUUCUGGACAGAUGGUUCAUGGUGCGUUACGUACACUCGGGAGUCCGCUCAACAAGACGAUGCGGCAAGCGGGUCAAACGUCUAUCACUGUACCAGCAGCACGUCGUCAACGCACAGCAGUACAAGUACCAGCGCAAUCGCAGCCUCGUCAAGCGCGAAUCCAACGAGUAAUGCCCAGCCCACGAGUUCUUCAGGUGUCACGUCCUCAAAUGCGCCCGGUUCCAACUCGCCCGCAUCAGGGUCCUCGUCCUCUUCCUCGUCGACCACCUCUGAGUACGUUUCGUCCUCCAUCGUGACAACCUUCGAGUCACGCACGACCGUCAAUGGCUCAGCGACCUCUGUCGCUGUCGUCACAACCCUCGUGACUGUUGUUCCGUCAUCUGGGGUGAAUGGGACUGCCGUGGGCCUCGGAACGACCAGCGGCGGGCACAAGGCCAGCACAGGUGCCAUCGCCGGCGGUGUGAUAGGCGGUGUGGCUGCCCUUCUCUUGCUCGGCAUCCUUGCUGUCUGGUUCACCAGAAGGAAGCGCAGUAGUGCGAGCGGGCCGCUCGUGGUCACGGAUGCGGCAUCGGAGUCAUCGCAUGGGCCCAUGAGCCCGAACACGGCUGAGAGGAACUCCAUUUCGCCGUUCAUGGCACAAGCAUCGAGAAGCGAUCCUUUCGCAAAUCCUGCGCCACCGGGGCCUAGCGAGAAGUGGGCCCGCAUGCAUCAGAACACCUCCAGCUCAACGUUCCCUACGUCGACUUCCAACACAGGCUCAGGCACGAGUUCGGGCACUGGCACUACCUCUCACUCACGCCGCUAUGGUUCUCGGGACCAACUGCAUCAUGCCCAACCGCCCACGGAAAGCGCGAGCAGCUACAGUCAGAUGGGACCCGGCUCGCAAGUGGAGGCGACGGACUCGAUUCGCCCUGUUGUGCAAGAGGAGGAUGCUGGGCGGCUCACGCUUGGCAGCCUGCGGUUACCGCCGGCGUAUCAGAGCGAGUGGAACGCUGAGUAGUUGAAGUUGUCGUGGCCAAGAGCAUUGAUUUGUUGCUUGUUA